GAUCGAGUUUCUCCCGGUAAGAGAUCUCCCUGACGCCCAUAGAUUCAAUUUCUCCUCCCGUGUGACUUACACAUGAAUAGAUGCAACAUCACGCCGGGCCCAGCGGCUUUUCAUGAAGCUUCAUAGCUUUACUCUUCCCGAGCUGAGAGGAGACGAUAAACGACUCCAUAAACCCAUGGUGAUCCCCGAGCCCGCCCCGCGGCCGCUGCCCGGCGUCCUCUUACCUUCCCCGGGGCACCAUGGGCUCGUAAGAUGCCUUCUCUGUGGAAACGAAUAACAUUCUCGGUGGCCUCGGCGCUGUGUGUCGGCUCGGUGGCCUUCCUGGUGGUGGCCCUGUCCACAGAGCGGUGGGUUGUCGGACGGAUCCUGUGUAAAACCGGGGUGGACAUAGUGAACGCGUCCAGUCCGGAGCUGGACCAGUUUAUCGGGGACAUUUACUACGGUUUGUUCCAGGGAGGAAAGACCAAGAGGUGCGGACUCGGGAACAGGCGCUCCAAAAUAUACAUUUUUCCAAAGCUGGUGCAGACACUGAAUGGGGGUCUUCACAUGAUGGUGAUUCUCUUCCUGCUGGGGGCAGUUGGCUUUGCCCUGGUCAGCCUGUCCUUUUGCAUUUACAACGCACGCAAGGUCCCCUACCAGAGCAUCAAAGGGCACAAAGGACUUUACCUAUGGAACUUCAUUGCUGCUCUUUUUGGUGCCCUGGGGGUUCUUUGUUUCCUGGCAGCUGUGAAGCACCACCGUCUGACUGAGCGGGUGGCAAACCAUGGAGAGAACCUCUUCGUCCUGGAGGUUCUGGAUGACAGCCUGGACUGGUCCUUCUGGCUGGGGGUUGGCAGCGUUGGGACUCACUUCGCCGUUUGUGGAGUGGUCGCUAUGAGUCGCAUGAAGUUGCCCAAACCAGAGAUCAAGAAGCCGGAAGAGCUCACAAUCUCUGCCCUGGACCUGCUCUACUAAAGAACACACA